CUGGCGCUACGACAGCGAUAUCACUGAAUUAUCUAAAAAAUGAAGUUGAUGCAUCUUGGGAAGAUAAAAGUGAUGUUUCGCAGGCUGAGGUCUGCUCUGACUGAGACAACUCAUGAGUGUAUCAUAAGGUCAACAGAGAAAAUGUCAGGAAACAGCCUGGUUUUACCCAUAGUGCUGUGGGGCCGGACGGCGCCCACUCACUGCAUCUCCAGCCUGCUGGUCAUGGAUGACCUCGCCACCAUCAUCACCGGCUGCCACGAUGGACAGAUCUGCAUUUGGGAUAUGACCUCCGACCUCGAGAUCAGUCCCAGGGCCAUGUUGUUUGGUCACACAGCCUCCAUCACCUGCCUGUCUAAAGCCAGCCCCUGCAGUGACAAGCAGUACAUCGUCAGCGCCUCAGAGAGUGGGGAGAUGUGCUUGUGGGAUGUCAACGAUGGACGCUGUAUUGAGUUCACUAAGCUGGCCUGCGCUCACACCGGGAUCCAGUUCUACCAGUUCACCAUCGGUACGCAGCGUGAGGGUCGUCUGCUGUGUAAUGGACAUUACCCAGAGAUCCUAGUGGUGGACGCCACCAGCCUGGAGGUCCUCUACUCCCUCGUCUCUAAGAUCUCUCCUGAUUGGAUCAGCUCCAUGAGCAUCAUACACUCACAUCGCACACAAGAGGACACAGUGGUGGCAGUAUCGGUCACUGGGAUACUGAAGGUGUGGAUCAUCACUCAGGAUGUCAACAGAAUGCAGGAUCUGGAUCCAGUGUUUGAGGAGGAGUCUAAGCCCAUCUACUGUGGGGGCUGUCAGAGCAUCUCCUUCUGCACCUUCACACAGCUCUCUCUGCUGGUGGUCUGCUCCAAGUACUGGAGGGUGUUUGAUGCGGGGGACUAUUCCUUGCUGUGCUCAGUGCCCAGUGAGAACGACCAGUCGUGGACCGGAGGAGACUUCAUCGCCGCCGACAAGAUCAUCAUCUGGACCGAGGACGGAUGCUCCUACAUCUACAAGCUCCCCGCCAGCUGCCUGCCUGCCAGUGAACACUUCCGUACUGAUGUAGGAAAGACUGCCGAAGGCUCCAUCCCACCUCUGGUGUACAGCAUCGCGGACCGUACAGACAAACAGCUCCUCAUCUGUCCCCCGGUGACACGGUUCUUCUAUGGCCGCCGGGAGCCCUUCCACAAGCUGCUGGUCCAGGGAGAUUCAGCCGGACGCCUCACCCUCUGGAGCAUCCCAGACACCUCGCCCCUGCAGCCCCUCUCCACCGCAGCAGAGCUCCAAGUGUCCUCCACCAUCUCCCUCCAGGAGGCCUUUGACAAGCUGGCUCCCCUGUCGGCGGGCAUCAUAGACCAGCUGAGUGUGACGCCCGGGUCGGAGGAGCCCAUCAAGGUGACGGCCAGCGUCUACAUCCCCUCCCAGGGCAGGCUGGUGUGUGGCAGAGAGGACGGAAGCAUCAUCCUGGUCCCCGCCACGCAGACCGCCAUCGUACAGCUGCUGCAGGGAGAACACAUGCUGCGGAGAGGCUGGCCCCCUCACCGCACCCUGCGGGGUCACCAUAACAAAGUGACGUGCCUGCUGUACCCCCACCAGGUGUCCCCUCGCUACGACCAGCGCUCGCUGGUGUCCGGCGGUGUGGACUUCAGCGUCAUCGUCUGGGACAUCUUCACUGGGGAGAUGAAGCACGUCUUCUGUGUCCACGGGGGGGAGAUCACACAGAUCCUGGUCCCGCCUGAGAACUGCAGCAAUCGUGUUCAGCACUGUGUGUGCUCUGUGGCCAGUGACCACUCCGUGGGUCUGCUCAGCCUGCGGGAGAGGAAGUGCAUCAUGCUGGCGUCUCGACACCUCUUCCCCAUCCAGGCCAUCAAGUGGCGGCCCUGUGAUGACUACCUGGUGGUGGGCUGCUCUGAUGGCUCAGUGUAUGUGUGGCAGAUGGACACAGGUGCGUUGGACCGUUGCGUGAUGGGCAUCACGGCUGUAGAGAUCCUGAAUGCGUGUGACGAGGUGGUGCCGGCCGCUGUGGACGCUCUAAGCCACCCUGCGGUCAACCUGAAACAGGCCAUGACACGACGCAGCCUGGCCGCGCUCAAGAACAUGGCCACGCACAAACUACAGACCCUGGCUACCAACCUACUGGCUGCAGACAACGCAGACAAGGGCAACCUACAGAAGUACUCCAACAACAGUCUGGUGGUGCAGGCCAUGAAGACCAAUCUGACAGACCCUGACAUGCAUGUCCUGUUCUUUGACGUGGAGUCGGUGAUCAUCCAGCUGCUGACUGAGGAGGCCCAGCGGCCCAACCCCACCCUGGUCUCCCCUGAGACCCUCCAGAAGGCCCAGGGAGCAGCCGACAAAGGAGGGUCCUUCCUCGCUAACAAGAUCUUCAAACAGGUGAAGGAGACAAUGAAGGAGACCAUUAAGGAGCACCUCCUGGAUGAAGACGAGGAGGAAGAGGAGGAGAUGAGGAGACGCGAGGAGAAGUCUAAAUCUCUGUCUCUGUUGGAGUAUAACCUGACUAUGGACACGGCCAAACUGUUCAUGUCCUGUCUCCACGCCUGGGGCCUCAACGGACCACUGGACGAGGUGUGUCUGAGCAGACUGGGCAUGCUCAAACCCCAUUGCCCCAUCUCCUUCGGUCUCAUAUCCCGAGGAGGUCAUAUGUCUCUCAUGCUGCCCACCUUCAAGGAGUCCCUGCUGCGUCAGAUGGCCCUGUCCACGGGCAGGAAGUUGUCCCUGUCAGAGAUGGUGGGUAAAGGGACAUACGGAGUGUCCCGGGCCGUGACUACCCAGCACCUGCUCUCUGUCAUCUCAUUGGCUAACACCCUGAUGGGCAUGACCAAUGCCACCUUCGUGGGAGAACACAUGAAGAAGGCACCUGUCAGGCCUCCUAGACCCGGGACCCCUGAGACCCCCAAGAAGACUGCAGCACCCCCCCAGGUGUCUAGUCCGGCCGUGCAGGGACAGAUCAAACAAGGUUGGAGCCAGCUGGCUGCUAUGCACUGUGUGAUGCUGCCUGACCUGCUGGGCCUGGACAAGUUCAGACCACCUCUUCUGGAGAUGUUGGCUCGCCGCUGGCAGGACCGCUGUCUGGAGGUGAGGGAAGCGGCCCAGGCCCUGCUCCUGGCUGAGCUGCGGAGGAUUGGUCAGUCAGGCAGGAAGGACACCAUUGACCUGUGGGCCCCCUACCUGCCCCAGUACGUGGAUCAAGUCAGCUCACGUAAGUGGGGGGACGGGUGUGGGGGCCGGGGAGCGGGUGGGGGGCCGCGGUGUGGGGCCGGGGGGCGGGUGUGGGGGCUGGGGUGUGGGGCCGGGGUGGGGGGACGGGUGUGGGGGCCGGGGUCAGAUGUUAUUGAUGGAAUCAAGAGAAGCCAGGCGUCACGGCGACGCCGCUUCCCCGACGUCACGGUGACGCCGCUUCCCCGACGUCACGGCGACGCCGCUUCCCCGACGUCACGGCGACGCCGCUUCCCCGACGUCACGGCGACGCCGCUUCCCCGACGUCACGGCGACGCCGCUUCCCCGACGUCACGGCGCUUCCCUGACUUCACAGUAUGGCUGUAUGUGUCUAUACAACGUGUGGUUCUAAGCCAGUGUCGAUACGACGUGUGGUUCUAA